GCAAUCUACCUGCGCUGGCCUGUGAACCACUGGAUUGAAGGGAGCUAUUUCUUUAUUUAUUGCUCUCCUGACCAGCAAACGAGGAGAUAGUAGGAAACGUGGCUGCAUGGAGGUAUAUAGAGGCUCAGCCCUGUCUCAUGCAUGGAGAACAUUUGCAUAGCUCUGCUCUCAUUGGCUUAAACCUGGGGCGAGGCGGGCAGAGGCAAAUCCGACUAUGCCAGCUGGGGUGGCUUAAGGUGUCUCGAAGCAGGAUGAAUCUAGUGUAAUGGGACCCUCGAGGAACAGAGCAAGUCUGCAGCCUUGGAGAGCAGCUUUGGUUGUUGUUUUGGACUGCUCCGUUGCAGAGCAAAAUAACCCCGUAGGAUUUUGUCGCGACGGAAGCAGCCAGCCGUUGCCCUCGUCUCCAUGAUUUCAUAAUAUUAUGGAGUUGGAGGAGACCACAAGGGCCAUUCAGUUUGAUCCUGAAUCUCCAGAUUUUGUUUGAUGUCGCAGCCGGAGAGCUAAUUGUGUUUGUGUGCCGUCCUUCCUUCGUUUCGACAUUCUUGGUUCUGAUUGCGUCUCGACGUCUGGGGGUGUUUGGUAUCUUCUUCACCUUCUUUUGGAAAUUCACAAGUGGCCAAUUUAAGGGAGGCCCCGAAAUGGCCACCUCGUCGCUGUUGGGGUGCUUGUGUCGAGAGCGCAGGGAGCCCCAGCGGCUACCCGUUUGCUCCCCGUGGAUAGCGAGCCGCGACCGGAGGUCCUGCAGCCCUUGGAGGCAUCGCCUUUUGAGGCCGCUGGAACCUAUCAAGUGCUACCCAGAAGCUCCGCCGCCUGUCUAUCUCUUCUCCCGCAUCAAUGGGCACACAAAGCUCGAGAGGCACCGAGAGCACCCGCCCGGCUACGACAGCUCCUCCACGGUCAUGAGCAGCGAGCUGGAGUCCAGCAGCUUCGUCGACUCGGAUGACGAUGAAAACACAAGCAGGUUGAGUAGCUCCACGGAGCAAAGCACUUCGUCCCGUCUCAUCCGGAAGCACAAACGCCGGCGGAGGAAACAGAAGAUGCGACAGAUCGACAGGUCGUCCUCCUUCAGCAGCAUCACGGACUCCACCAUGUCCCUGAACAUCAUCACUGUCACGCUCAACAUGGAAAAAUAUAAUUUCCUGGGCAUCAGCAUCGUCGGCCAGAGCAAUGACCGGGGGGAUGGAGGCAUCUACAUUGGCUCCAUCAUGAAGGGGGGCGCUGUGGCCGCUGAUGGACGGAUUGAACCAGGGGACAUGUUGCUACAAGUGAACGAGGUCAACUUUGAGAACAUGAGCAACGACGACGCAGUGCGGGUCUUGAGAGAAAUUGUCUCCAAGCCUGGCCCCAUCAGCCUAACUGUGGCCAAAUGCUGGGACCCAACGCCCAGGAGCUAUUUCACCAUUCCCAGAGCUGAACCCGUUCGGCCGAUCGACCCGGCGGCGUGGAUCUCUCAUACCACGGCCCUGACGGGAGCGUACCCCCGUUACGGUAUGAGCCCCUCCAUGAGCACCAUCACCUCUACCAGCUCCUCACUAACAAGCUCAAUUCCUGAUUCGGAAAAACUAGACGAAAUCCCCUUGACGGUCAAAAGCGAUAUGGCUACUAUUGUCAAGGUUAUGCAGUUACCCGAUUCCGGCCUUGAAAUCCGAGACAGGAUGUGGUUAAAAAUUACCAUCUCCAAUGCUGUUAUCGGCGCAGACGUGGUGGACUGGCUUUAUACGCACGUGGAGGGUUUCAAAGACCGAAGGGAAGCCAGGAAGUAUGCCAGCAGCAUGUUAAAACAUGGCUACCUCAGGCACACUGUGAACAAAAUCACUUUCUCCGAGCAAUGCUACUACGUCUUUGGAGAUCUCUGUGGCAAUCUGGCUGCACUCAACCUUAACAAUGGCUCCAGUGGGGCUUCAGACCAAGACACUCUCGGUCCACUCCCACAUUCGGCCGCACCGUGGCCCCUGGGGCAAGCCUAUCCCUACCAGUACCCACUGGCCGCCCCAUGUUUCCCACCGGCUUAUCAGGACCCCGGAUUCAGCUAUGGAAGUGGCAGUGCAGGAAGCCAACAGAGUGAAGGAAGCAAAAGCAGCGGCUCCAACCGAAGCAACAGCGAGAACAGCCGGAGGGCUCUGAACCGGGAGAAGGACCGCAAGUCGGCCGGCAGCGGCAGCGAAUCGGAACCCGCCACCCGGAGCACGGGCGGGGGCAGCCUGGGGCGGAGGGAGCGGCCGGCCAGCCAGCUCAGCCACUGCAGCCACGUCUCGGCCGCCAGCGAGAGGAGCCCCCGCAGCCACCACUCGUACGGGCCGCCCGGCCUGCCCCCGCUCUACAGCUUCCCGGUGGCGGGUUACGGGACCGGCGGACCCCCCGGGGGACCCCCUGUGCGAGAGCUGGGCUCCGUCCCUCCCGAACUGACGGGCAGCCGCCAGUCAUUCCAGAAGGCCAUGGGCAACCCUUGCGAGUUCUUUGUGGACAUUAUGUGAACGGAAGAAGUGCCUUCAGAGACCUC